AUGAAGCAAGAGAAACGAGCGUGUGUGCGCUCAAAUCCGGGUUAUGGCCAGAGUUGGCACCUCGGUGUCAAGUGUUCUUUUUCCAUUCUUCUUUUCUCGCCGGGCCGCAUGAAGCACAAACACGCUCAGACCCACGACGAAGUCAGUGCGGAACCUGAGCUUAGCUACGAUGUCAUGGCAAUUGGUUCAUUCAAACUGCUUGAGUGA